AUGACAAGCGCAUUCAGAAAAAACUGUCGCAAAAUCAUUUGCAUUGGUCGCAACUAUGCAGACCACAUCACCGAACUCAACAGCCUCACACCCAAACAACCCUUCUUCUUCCUGAAGCCUACAUCCUCCCUCCUCCUGCCCGGGCAGGGUCCCGUGUUACUACCCAAAGGCGUGAAUGUGCAUUAUGAAGUCGAGCUGGGUCUCGUCAUUGGCAAGACAUUGAGAGAUCUCGAUCCGGAGGAUCAUCAGGGUGCUCUGGACUCUAUUUCUAGCUACCUCCUCGCAAUCGACAUGACAGCCCGCAACGUGCAAGACGAAGCCAAACGCAAGGGCCUCCCCUGGUCCAUCGCCAAGGGCUUCGAUACCUUCUGCCCUAUAUCCAACCUCAUCCCUAAAAGCGCGAUUCCGGACCCGCACAACGCCUUUUUGCGGCUUAGCGUCGGAGAUCAGGUGCGUCAGGCAGAUAAUACGAAUUUGAUGCUUUAUCAGAUUCCGAGACAGUUGGCCGAUAUUUCGAGGGUUAUGACGCUUGAGGAAGGUGAUUUGGUGUUGACGGGCACGCCUAAGGGCGUUGGGCAGGUUAAAGAUGGUGAGGUUAUUACCGCGGAGAUUGAGGUUGAUGGGAAGCAGGUGGAGAGGAUUGAGGUGCAGUGCAGGGAGAGGGUGGAGGGCAGAUAUGAGUUUAAGGAGACUUAG